GUGCCGGGCUGCGCGCGGCUGGACGCGGAGGCCACCGCGCUCUGCGAGGAGAUGGAGGCCGCGGGGGCGGAGUUGGCGGCGCUGGCGCCGGCGGUGGUUGGCGGCCUGCAGGCCGUGGUGGCCCCGCUCUUCCCGUCGGCGCGGCUCGCCGUGUUCGGCUCCGUGGCGGAAGGCACCGCUGGGGCCGGAAGCGACAUCGACGUUGCUGUGGAGAUCGACCGCGAGGACCUCGUGGCGGCGCUCGGACCGCAGGCCACCUCGCGGGCGCUGUGCGCCGGAGCCCUGCGCGCCAUCAAGGUGGCCGCAGAGGCAUCCGGCGAGUGGGCGCCGCGCGGCGCCGCGCUGGCGGCCGCCGUGCCGGCGUCGUCGCUCCUGCACGUGGCCUCGGGGUGCAGGGUGGACCUUGUGGUCAACGGGCCGCGCGGCGUGCGGCAGGCCCUCGCCCUGCGCGGCGAGGCCGCGGGCGCGCCGGCGCCGCUGGUGGCGGUCUGGCCCCGCGCGCGGCGGCUUGCGCUGCUCGUGAAGCUGUGGGCGCGGCGGCGGCGGCUCUACGGCCGGGCACAGGGCCGCCUUGGCGGCUUCGCGCUGGCGCAGCUGGCCGCAUUCUCCGUGCAGGUUGGGCCCGUGGCGCCGCAGACGCUCUCGCAGUUGCUGGUCGGCUUCUUCGACCUCUACGGGCUCGAGUUCGACUGGUCGCGGGAGUGCGUGUCGGUGGCCCUCGGCGCGCGGGCGCUCAAAGCGUCCUUGCGGCUGCGGCGGGAGCCCCACCUCUGCGUGGAGGACUGCUUCGAGCGGCAG